AUUAUUACACAAGUUGCUGAGAGAACAGCCUAGGCUGAAAACUGACGUGGCUGAAGAAGUGAUUCAUCAACUCAUCGAAAAGGGUGGGUCCAGGGUCCUGUACAAGAUGACCGUCGCGCCAUGGGUCAUCUCUAUCGUGGCUGUGCGUUCUUAUGCUCUAUGA